CUUGCCUUCGUUCCCUACCAGUCGAUUUCGUCAAGAGCAAUCACACAGCAUACAACGAUGUCUGGCAUAAGCGCUCUAGCUGGCUACGGCUCCGGAUCAGACUCGGACGGCGAUGAUGUUCAAGAUGUAGGCGUAGGUCCAAGCACGGGACUCGCCGCUGCUCAGCCUACUUCUGCUCCUCCUCCUCAAACGGCUAAGCGUCCAUCCAGCGGUCUCUUUGCCUCUCUACCGCCUCCAUCAGCGAAGCGUAAACAGCAUCACCAGAUCAAGCUUGGCAGCUUGGCUGAACUGCGCAGCCAAGACGAUGGCAACGACGACGGCGAUGGAGGAUCGCAGAAGCAGAAGAGACAGAAGUCCAACGAUCCUCCACCAGCAGUGAAGCCAGCAGCGGCUUCUUCUUCUUCUUCUCACGCCCUCUUCGGUAUGCUCCCAGCGCCCAGCAGAAAAGGCCCACCAACUCCUCCGCCGCGAGAAGUCAUGGCCGAGUCGCGGAUGGAGAUAGUGGAUGACGAGCCGGGUGCACCUGCUGUCGGCGGUGGGGACACAGUCAAGAAGGCAAAGGGAAACGCAGAUUUCAGGGCCAUGCUCGGUCUCAAGCCUAAUGCUUCUGCGCCCAGCAAGGCCAAGACAGAGGGAGCUGUUAGGGUCGCGCCGUCUUUGGAAGCAAGGCCGAGUAGUAGCAAGGAGAUUGCGACUGUACGCUCAGUACACGACGAACCGAUCGCCUCGUCCUCCAAACCGGCUACGUCAGCCAGAGCCAACGCCAAGCGCCCUUCCCCGCAACCCGCAAGAGAGCCCGUAAUGGACUUCUUCGGUCUCUCUACUACUGCGUCCUCCCAUUCUUCCUCUUCCUCCUCCUCCUCCUCCAACCGCAAUCAGGUCAGCACCUCCCGCUCAACCCCCACAACAACCAUAACCGUAUCAUCCGCCCCUUCCCUCCACUCCUCCACCAAUCCAUACCCCGGCUGGGCUCAAAACCCAGACGGGUCUUGGAUCCCCGUAACCCCAGAGGCGCACGAGGCCUUUGCGCUCGCGCAGCGCGACGAACAGCUCCAGCGCCAGGCGGAGACGGAAUCGGGCGCUGAGGGCGAGGGAGGCAGGGAGGGAGGAGGGGGGCUCGAUGAGCGACAGCGUCAACAGCUCCUCGCUGCGGGGUACAAGGACCUGCAGGGGUUGAGGAGCGUGGAUGCCGCGCAACUCGCUUCCGUACGCGGUGCGGUUGGUCGAGGUGGAAUGGGGACGGACGAAGCUGCUGCCACGCGUCUAGACGCAAAGUACGCCGCUGCGGCAGGAGCGGUUCGGGAGCAAGGGGACGAUUACGACGACGACGAAUUUGACGAGGACAACGCUGCCCGCGGCCGAGGAGGGAAGAAGGGCGCUGCUACUGCUGCUGGAGGGAGGGAUAAAUUGACCAAUCAACGCGCCCGAGCUAAGGGUCAGUUGAGUAGCCUCUUUGCUCAGGCGGACGAGAAACGCGAUGGACUUGAGGAGCGGUGGGCUAGGGCGAGGGAGAAUAAGAGGGGGUCACAGGCGAGAUAUGGGUUUUGAGGUUGUAGGUCGUAGGUUGCAGGUUGCAGGCUGCAGACUGCAGGCGAAUGUAUUGCAGAGAUGGGCGGGUAUAUCCACGAUCAAUUGAUCCUCUCACAUA